CUCGUACCCUCAGGCUGGGCUUUUAAGGGCGUUCUGUUACAGCGAGAGGCCAUUAACCCCUCUGCUUACUUUCAGACUGCAUUUGCUGCUCACCACUGCUUAAGAUGAGGAGUUUUAUUUUCUGCUCUUUGGUUUAUCUUUUCUUUGCAGCUUUUGCCUUACGAAAGCACAUGUCAGAGGCAAUACACUGGUCGUAUAAAGAGGGAAUUUUGGAUGAGGUACACUGGGGAGACAGCUACCCGGCGUGCACAGGCAAACGUCAGUCUCCAAUUGACAUCCAGCGGAAGAAAGUCCAGUACAACUCUCAGCUGCUGCCGUUGGAACUGAGUGGGUUUGAUGGGCUGCAACAAGGAAAUUUUCUUGUGACCAACAACGGGCACUCAGUUCAGAUCGACCUUCCAUCCACCAUGAGCAUUGUCAAAGGUCUGCCCAACAAAUACACAGCAACCCAGAUGCAUCUCCACUGCGGUGGAAUGGACAUGGAGGCGAGUGGCUCUGAACACACGGUGGACGGCAUGCGAUACCUUGCUGAGCUCCAUAUUGUUCUUUACAACUCUGAUAAAUAUGCUAGCUUUGAUGAGGCCAGAGACAAACCAGAUGGACUGGCUGUGCUUGCAUUUUUCUAUGAGGAUGGACAUUUUGAGAACACUUACUACAGUGACUUCUUGUCUUUACUAGGAAAAAUCCAGUAUGCAGACCAGACCACCACCAUGACUUCCAUCAAUGUGCGGGCGAUGCUACCAGAAAACCUUUCCCAUUUUUACAGGUACCAUGGGUCACUGACUACCCCACCAUGCUUUGAGAGCAUCACCUGGACAGUGUUUGACACUCCUAUAACUCUGUCUUAUAACCAGAUUAGAAUCUAGAGAAUGCUUUGCCUAGACUGGGAGAACAAAACUUUGAGAAAUGACUACCGACAUGCCCAGCCCCUGAAUGAACGGGUGGUCCAGGCUUCCUUCUUGCCCCGCCUUGGUCAAGGAGCUUUUUGUCGCCAAGAAGAAAUUGAAGCAAAACUGGUAAAAAUAGAAGGCCUGAUACUUUCUUGCCAUUUCUCUUGUCCUUCAGGUGUCAAGUCCAUUGCUCCACUGGCUUUACACUUCUCAUCUAAGAACACUGAUAGCUAUGCACAGGUGCACGUCCUACAUGGCAUGAUGCUGAGUGCCUUCACUGUCUGUGCCCACGCCAAGACCAGGCAUGAGGGAGUCCAGACCAUCCUGUCUUAUUCUGGCCCAAACUAUGACAAUGAACUUGUUCUGAGCACUGGCCGAGAGGUUGGCCUUUGGAUAGGCGGACACUUCAUCAGCUUUGCUUUGAACUGGUGGGCUGUGGAAUGGACACAUUAUUGUAUCACGUGGGCAUCCCACUCUGGAGGGGCAGAGCUCUGGAUAAAUGGUGUGGUGGGACCAGAGAAAUAUAUCCGGAGAGGGCAUGUGAUCAGAUCAGGUGGAACCUUUAUAAUUGGCAAGGAUCAGGAUGGACUGCUGGGCUUCUCUGAAAUAGACUCUUUUGUUGGUCACCUGAGUGACAUCAACAUCUGGGACUACGUCCUGAGUGCCACAGACAUCAGAGAGCUCAUGAAGUGCAGGGACCUCGGCAGUAGAGGGAAUGUCAUUGCAUGGGGCGUUAACAAGAUGUCUCUUUUUGGUGGGGUGGGAGUUGAACAAGACACUAGAUGUGCUUAAUGAGGGGUGCUGCUAUACCGUACAUCUGUGACCCCGGUAAGAUGUGUGACGGCUCAUCUUCGGAUUCAUUUGGGAGUGUGAGAUGCAACCGACAAAAAUCCUGGUUAUUUGUAUUAUUGUUGUGUGCAACAAAAAUAAAAAAAAUGAUUAUACAAUUUA